GCAACACAAAAACCCUUAAACCCUAGUAUCCUCUCUUCCCCGCCUCACCAAGAGAAGCAAAGGGGAAGGAAGAAAGAGACCCAGUUGGCAUGGCGCUCUACUUGCUGUACGAGUCGGCCUCCGGGUACGGCCUGUUCCACGCCCACGGCUUGGACGAAAUCGGGCAGAAUACGGAGGCGGUCCGGAAUUCCGUCAAGGAUCUUAACCGCUUCGGAAAAGUUGUGAAGCUCGUCGCUUUCAACCCCUUCGAGUCCGCUCUGGAUGCUCUCAAUCAAUGCAACGCCGUUUCUGAAGGGCAAAUGACAGAUGAGCUAAGGAACUUCCUGGAACUUACUCUCCCAAAAAUUAAGGAUAGUAAGAAGGCUAAGUUCAGUCUUGGGCUUGCAGAGCCUAAGCUUGGUUCGCAUAUAUUUGAAGUAACUAAGAUUCCUUGUCAAAGCAAUGAAUUUGUUCUAGAGCUUCUGCGUGGAGUGCGAUUGCAUUUUGAGAAGUUUAUUGAAAACCUAAAGGCAGGGGACCUGGAGAAAGCCCAGCUGGGUUUGGGCCACAGCUAUAGCAGAGCAAAGGUCAAGUUCAAUGUUAAUCGGGUUGACAAUAUGGUUAUUCAAGCAAUAUUCUUGCUUGAUACUCUUGAUAAAGAUGUAAAUACAUUCUCAAUGAGAGUUAGAGAAUGGUAUUCCUGGCAUUUCCCAGAACUUGUGAAAAUUAUUAAUGAUAACUAUCUAUAUGCCAAACUGGCAAAAUUUAUUGAGGACAAAUCCCAGCUAUCUGAGGAUAGCUUACCAGCCUUGACUGAAACAGUUGGAGAUGAAGAUAAAGCAAAGGAAAUAAUUGAAGCUGCAAAAGCAUCCAUGGGACAUGAUUUGUCUCCAAUUGAUUUGAUUAAUGUCAAGCAGUUUGCACAGAGAGUAAUGGAUCUUUCUGAGUAUAGGAAGAAGCUCUAUGAUUAUUUGGUUGCCAAGAUGCAUGACAUUGCACCAAAUUUAGCUGCUCUUAUUGGUGAAGUUGUUGGAGCUCGCUUAAUCUCUCAUGCUGGUAGUCUUACAAACCUUGCCAAAUGCCCGUCUUCUACCCUCCAGAUACUUGGUGCUGAGAAGGCACUAUUUAGGGCCUUGAAGACCAAAGGAAACACACCCAAGUAUGGUCUUAUUUUUCAUUCUUCUUUCAUUGGUCGUGCUUCUGCCAGAAACAAAGGGCGAAUGGCUCGUUAUCUUGCAAACAAGUGCUCUAUUGCUUCACGCCUAGACUGUUUCUUAGAUAACAAUACUACAUCCUUUGGAGAGAAACUCCGUGAACAAGUUGAGGAGCGACUUGACUUUUAUGAUAAGGGUGUUGCGCCGCGUAAAAACAUAGAUGUGAUGAAAGCUGCUAUUGAAAAUUUCCAAAGUAAAGAUGAGUCUAUGGAUGUGGAUACAGCACCCAGUCAAGCUUCCACAAAGAAGAGCAAGAAAAAGAAAUCCAAAGCUGUGGAGGAUGGUGAACCCAUGGAAGAAGAUGAACUUGUUAAUACAAAUGGCGAUGCAUCUGAAGAACCCAAAAAGAAGAAACGGAAGGAGCGAAAAGCAGAAGAGGAGCAAAACAACACAGGAGCAGAAAAUGCACAUGUUUUGAAUGGAACUGGCACGGAGGAUGGAAAGACAAAAAAGAAGAAAAAGAAGAGUAAGGAUGAGGGAGAGGAAGUUCAACCAGCUACCGAAGGUAAAAAGAAAAAGAAGAAGUCCAAGUCUGAAAAUGAAGACUGAAUGAAUGAUACUAGUGUGAGAUUGCAACCAGUGCCAGUUAUCUCUUCAGAUUUGCUUGCUAGCUUUCUCACAUUUUUGAAUGACUCAAAUCUGAAAGGCCAUGCCUGUAUGUUGUAGGAUUUCUCUGUUCUAGGGAAUUUUGUCAUUGUUAGAGACCCCUACUUGAAUGUGUUUUCAUCAGUAACUGUGCUAUGUUGCACUGUAUUCCAAAUACUCUUUUUAAAAAAUGCAACAACUCUAUUUCAUUUGCUUUACAA